AAAUGGCUGCGCCCAUAGCAUUCGAAUCGUCGUGGAAGAAAAAGGCAGAGAGGGAAAAUAUAAGACAAGCGAGAGAAAAAAUACUAGAAAAGGCAAAAGACCAAUAUGAGAGAGAACAGCUAAAAAAGGAACAGGCCAAGCUUCGUGGUGAGGACACCUGGAUGCUUCCAGCAUUGAGUGAUAGAAUAGAUCAGGAACAGAAGGAUUUAGAGAAAGCAAAGUCAAAGAAGACAAAGAAAGAAAAAAAGAAGAAACACAGAAAAGAAAAGAAAAAGAAGAAAAAGAAAAAAGAAGCCAGUGAUUCAGACAGUGAUUCGGAUUCUGAUGAUGAACCAAAAUGGAUUGAAAAAACUGCAGCAAGCUCACAGCUGUCUCUAGCUGUAGACAGCAGCACAAUAAAAGGUCCAAGUUUACAGAGAGAUAAUUGGAUGAGUGAAGAUUUUUCUUUCAUCCCCACCACAUCCAGAGAACAGCUGCGAGAGCAGAUAAAAAAGGAGAAAGAAGAGCAGAUACCUGUUAGCUACCUGGACCAGCCUGGACAACACAGCCGGGAGUUGAACCCGUACUGGAAAGAUGGCGGUUCAGGACUACCAGAGGAGGCACCAGAGAAGACAAAGAAGAAGACAGAAUCUGCCGUAACUCCUGUGCUUGGUGCUGGUGGCGUAGCGUGGCUUAAGAAGGCGUACCAGAGAUGUGUGGAGCAGGCAGAGGAGGAGGGAAGACCACUGGAAGAACUGGCAGCAGAGAGAUAUGGGUCAUUGAAAAAGCUUCAACGUAUGAUAGCUGAAGCAGAGAAAGAAUUAGAAAAAAGUAAAAGAGAUGAAGAAAAGAAUGCAAGAGACAGAGAAACAGACAGGGAGAGAGAUACCUACAGAGACAGAGAUAGAGACAGAUAUAGGGAUAGAAACAGGGAUAGGGAUAGAGAAAGGGAAAGAGACAGAGAAAGGGAAAGGGAUAGAGACAGAGAUGGAUAUAGAGACAGAGAAAGGGAGAGAGAUAGGGAUAGGGACAGAUGUAAGGACAGGAGAAAAAGUAGAUCCAGAUCUCCUUACAGCAGAGAUUCAAGAGAAGCAGGUUCCAGUAGACUGAAAGGACGGUUUAUGAAACCUGGAGACUUGAACUCAAGAUCAAAUGAAAGUGAAAGAAGUUUAGAUCGCGACAGAAAAAGGUUUUUAAAACCUGGAGAAUCAUCAUCGGAGUCAAAUGACAGAGGAGGAUAUAGAAAAUCUGGUGAAUCAAAUUGGAGGAAGAGGGAAUUCCAGAAACCAGGAGAAGGACCAUCAGUUGUUAGUGAAAAAGAUGCAAGUAGUAAAGCACCAAGUUGGAAGAAGGAAAAAAAUCAAGAAUCUAAGAGGGAGAAAAAGAGAAGUCCUUCACCUUCAGAAUCAAGUUCCUCUAGUGCGUCUUCCAGUUCUGAGUCAGAGUCUGAGGAAGAGGUUCCAAGGGAGAAGUCCUGCUCCCCUCCUCCUCCUGCUCCUCGUGUAGAAAUCCUCACAGAACAGCAGAUGAAUGAGUUAGGAGCCAAGUUACUGAAGGCAGAACUCAUGGGGAACCAGGAGUUGGCUGACCAAAUCAAAGAAAAGAUGGAGGCAUCUCGUGCUGCUAAAGAGCUUCAAGCCAGGAGUGGUCCAGUGAAGUCUAGGGGAGAGGAACAGGGAGAGGAAGAUAAUGUAGUUGUUUUAACUAGAACAGACAGGUCUGGCAUGGUAAGACCUAUUGAUGAGAGACAACAUGAACCUGAAGGCAAAGGAAAGAGGAGGAAGAAACAGAAAAUGGCCACCCAUGAUAAAUCUGGGGAGAGAGAAAGAUAUUUUGCAGAUGAUGACAAGUAUGACCUCAAAACUCUGGUGAAGAGGGAAAAACUGGGCACUGCAGAGGAUGACAAGUUGAUGUUUGCACGUCUGGCAGGAAGGAUAUUUCGUAAAGGUUUGACCAAAAUGUUUGAGGAUCGUGAUGAAGAUGCCAUGUUUUUGGAGACGUCAAUGAACCUGAGGCGGCACCCACACGUGCACAUUGACUGCAUUCCUCUGCCGAAAGAGACAGGUGAUCUGGCGCCAAUCUACUUCAAGAAAGCCAUCCAAGAAGUAGGACCAGAAUGGGCUCAAAACAAAAAACUUGUGGACCUCAGUCAGAAGGAUAUAAGACAUGCGGUUCCAAAGGGGUUCCCAUAUUUCAGUGUUGAUUUUGGCCUGCAGGGUGGCUUCGCUCACGUUAUUGAAGAUGAACAAACAUUUCCAUCUUACUUUGGCCAGGAAAUCAUUGGGGGCAUGAUGGACUUAGAGCCCAGAAUGUGGCGCAAACCUUUCAAAGAAAACUUUGAGGAUCAGCGCAAGAAAGUUUUGGAGUUCGCAAACUGGUGGAAGCCAUAUGAUUGGACACAAAGAUUGAAGAAAAAUGACGAUGAUGAUGAUGAUGAUUGACAAAAUGAGAAAAGAUUUAUUGCAUUGCCAUUUGAUUUUACUUAAAUGUUAUUUGCAAUUCUAUAAAAUUUUCUAUUUUUGAUGACAUUACUUGUAGUAAAAUUACUCAACUGGUUUGUUGUAGAUCAAAGUCUCCACCUUUUUACACACCAAUAGGUGGAAUGGAUUAUUAAAGGAAUAGAGCAGUUUUGCUUCCUCCUGUAUUUUUUUGAAUAAUACAUAUUUGGUCUGUAACAUCUAAACAGCAGACACUUUCUGACUGCAUUAAGAAUGUUUACAUACCACCGGAUUCAUUGCAUUUCUAAUUGUAAAGUUGUCAUGAAAAGCAAGUUUUGUUAGUUACUUAAAAUGAUCAAAAAGAGAACUUUAAUUUUGUAUUAAAAAUAUGGUCAAAAGACAUCUGGUUUUAUAUACAAACAAAUACAUACAUUCCGUGACCAGAAUAUUGAUGAAAUGUAACAUCAAACAAAAAAAAAAA